ACACGCGCAAAACCACCCGUUCCAACAUCUGCAUCAACGUCAUCGUAGAGCACGUGGGCUUCUCUCUGCUCCUGGACACAGACAAACGCGCGCGUGUGAGUACCACCGACCUGUCCUGGAGCUCUGGGGCCAAGCAGGUGGCAACGAGCAAGAAUCUGGUGACAAUGUUGGCUCUGGAUCGCUUUCAAGUGGAGUAUAAGACAGGCAUGAGCUCAAACCCUGGAGAGAGGCAUUUGCAACUGACCAUGCACUCUCUGAGCCUUCUCGCCAGCCCACAUCCUGAUGCAGACCUUACCACCAUCAUCGACGAGGAUAUGGGCACACCACAAACAACGAGGAUGCAAG